CCAAAGUCGUCAUCGGCACCACUCACUCAAGCAGCACUCACUAAUAUUCCAACUACAAGGCGGCAUUACGAACCAAUUGCCGGACAGGAGUUUGCAACAGAAGAGAAUUUGUAUCAGUACGAAACGGGAAUUCAACGAGUGCGGUUGCUCAACACGGAAAGAACACGGCUGUUGCAAAGUAGUUCGGUGCGCGACGACAACAAAUCAAGAAUUCAGAAUAACAAAUAAUUCGAUUUAUAGCAAAAUAUUCACAGAGCCAACUAAACCAGCAUCAACUAUAAUUGCAUUUUAACUUUAACAAAUAUUUAAUAACAGAAUACAAAAUACAAUCAAUGAAUGUAAAUACCAAAACAAUAAGACAACAGUAGUAGUCAAUCAACUCUCGCAUCAAGCAAUCGUUUGUUCAUAUGAAAUAUGCUAACAAUUCGCCAUCACUCAACAAUAAGAAAAUUAUAAACCUUAGCCAUUUUGCGCCAUGUUAUAUAAAUAAUUCCUAAACUUUCUGAACUAGAAAAACAAAAAACCCCAAUUAAAAUAAUAAAUAAAAAGUCGUGCCAUCAAUUGCAUUUUAAAGAAAUCAUUUUCUGUUGUUACAAAAAAUCUCCCCAAUUGGGGCUUCCACAGCAAACUGGACAAUUGUGACAACUGGAAAUUAUAAUAUAUAAAUAAUCUAACCUCACAUCGAACAACUAAAGGUUCUAAGAAACCUUAAAAUCACAUUAAGUGUUAAACCAUAGCAAAGAGAUUCUUGGCAAAAUGUGGCUGCAGAUUUUAAGCUUUACCCUAGUGAUCUCGUUGGCAUUUGCCUCUGUUCUACAAAUCGAUCAAAAUCUAAAAAAUAUCAAAUUAAUCGAAAGUAAAUUUAUACCGGAUGUCAACGUCUUGCCGGCAGAUCCUUCGAUAAAUAUCAACGAUGAGAAUUGGCAGCAAGUGCGGCGUUUCAUGGAGGAUGGUUUACCUGUUUUGGAAUUAUAUGGCUAUAAGCCUCAAAGAGAUAUACCGUUCACCUUAAUUAUACCGAAAAUCGAUGUGCGCACCAUUGAGAAACCGCGCCUCAAAGAAUUCAUGUUGGAGCACAUGGUGCCGGGGCGAGCCUUCGACAAUUAUGCCGAUGAAGAUUCUUCCACCGCAUCCUCAUCCUAUGGCAACGGCAAUGGCCACAAAAUUGUCUUUCGCAAAGUGGAGAAAUCGCCCAAUAGCAGUGGUGUGGUGUGGUUGCUGAAUGGUUUCCAGAUAUUGCAUCGUGUACGCAUCAAUGACAAUUUGAUAGCAUUGGCCAUUGAUGGUUAUUUGGGCGAUCGCAAAUCACCAUACUCGAAGCGGAACAUACAGGAGGGCAGCAAUAUUCGCUAUAACGAACCACAACGUUUGGAGAUGCGCAAUUCCACCGGCAAUAUUGCCCACACAAAGAAUGAACCGAUCCUUAAGGAGUCAAAGGCCAGCCCACUAAUGUCCUUCCUUGGCAGCAUGAAAAGUGGUACAAAAGUUUUCCAGCAUUUCCUUUCGAAAAGCAAUCUCACCCAGAUAAUGGACGAUGGUUCUUACACAAUACUCAUACCCACCGACAAUGCCUUCCAGCGCUGGCAUCCCAUCGACUGGGGCUUUUAUCCCUUCAGUGUGCAAGAGUUUACGGAGAGUGUGUUGCGCAAUCAUUUCUUGCCCACCCAAAAGCCUUUGCGUAUGAAUGAACUAAAGAACAUGGACCAAAUGGCAGUACGCACCAUGGGUGGUGAGAGUGUUCUGUUUAGGGGACAACCUGCACCCACCGUCAACAAUGUUUCCAUAAUGUCCGAUUAUACAUUGUCCAAUGGCAAUCAAGUGUUUAUCAUAACCGAAGUACUGUUUGUCUCUGAGGCUGUUGUGUCCAAAUUGCAUCAGAUGCACAAGGAUAAAGAGACCCCACCCUUGCUGGCGUUCCCUUGGUUUGGCGCUCAAUUUCUAUCGCAUUCCUUCUUGGCGUUGGAACGAGAUCCCAGAUUUACACAAAUCACCAGAUUUUUAAAUAAUGCUGAAAUUGCCCCACAUGUCUCAGGAGCGAAUUACACAUUCUUUGUUCCCGAUGACAAAGCCUUCGAGAAAUUGGGUUUUGAUAAGCUGAGCGAUGAUGUUAUGGCAUCGCAGCGAGGCGUCAAAAUGCUUUUAAAUCAUUUCGUUAAAGGACGACUCUAUAAUCGCGAUCUCAAGGAUAAUGAAGUGUUCGAGACAAUAGGUGGUGGUCAUAUUAAAGUCACUCGAAAUCCCGGUAGUAAUGCCACCAGCAUUAAUAAUGCCAAAAUAACGGAAAGUGAAGUUUUCGUUUAUAAUUUGGGCACCAUGUUCUACAUCGAUGAUAUACUCUACUCACAUCUCUUACGCGAAUAUGUCAUCAAACACAAGUCAAGAACAAAUUAUGCUGGUGGUAACAAUGGUCGCUCCUCAACUCUGGGCACACCCACCGAUGUGGAAAUUGUGCCCAAUGAAUUCGAUAACGAACAAGGCGGUGGUCAUGGUGGCGGCGGAGGUGGUGGAGACUAUUCUAUACACGAUGAAGAUUUUGAUGAUGAGAUAAUAACGCCCAAAGCGCUUCCCGUCCAGUUUUAUGAAUUGCCUAAAUAAACUCAAGUAGAUAAAGCAGCAAAUCAGCAAGCUAUAGGCUAUCAGCCACAAGAGGAAAAUGAGAAUUUUUGGAAAAAAAAAACACACACAAAAAUCCAUAAAUAAUCCCUUUUGAUAGAAAAAACCAAAAAAAUUGACCCAUGAAAAUAGAGUGAAAUUUCCCUUAAAGAAAAAAAAUCAAAAAUAAGAAGAAAUUGCAGAAAAUAUAAUUGAAUUUUAUCAUUAAA